AUGGACUUCUACGGCACCGCCGCCACUGCGAUUGACCAUGUCAUCAAGGUGACCAUCUUUAUAAAGGGGGUUAUCUCUGAUAUCAAGGAUUACGACGACGAUCGGGCCAGCAUCCAGCUUAAACUCGACCUCCAGCUUACCUCGUUGGAGUUUUUUCGUCGAAGGUUUCUAGACGAGAAAAAUGGGCUAAUGCUUCCCGGGCGACUUCCGGAAUGGAUAGCCGACACAAUUUGUGACCUGCUGUUGAAGAUGAGCCGGGUGCUCGCAGAGUAUCGAGUGCUCGUUGGUCGAUACGAUGAUUUUGACGAGAAAGUAAAAGUGAGCGAGGAGGGCGACAGCGUGAGCAAACGGGAAAAAUGGAAACAGACCUUUCUGGAGCGGGCCAAGACCCAAGCCAAAGCCCUCAAGAUGAAGGGCUACGACUGGUCCCUCUUUGAUAAAAAGAAGCUACUUGGUAUCAUGGAGGAAUACCAGGGGUGGACGAGCAACCUGAGGGACGUGAUGCAACAUUUUUCUCAGGAAAUGGUUUACAAUAUCGCGGAUUCCGCAUCGACUGCAAACGACGAGAGCCUUAAAGGUACCGGUCUAGAGCAGGUUGUCCAAAGGCAGAAACUUAUGUCCUCACAACCACCCGAUGACUUUCAGGAGCUUGAAGGAGAUAUUGCGGAGGAAGGGAGCCCUUCAAACCGCUUUCAACCAGCCCGCUGGACAUGUGGCGGAGAGUCACUGCAAGUCUUGGUUGAAUACCGCGAGUAUGACCGUCGUCUACGGCUGGACGACUUGGAUCCCGAGGAGAUCGCUGAGCUGAAGGAGCCAGUGAGAAAUCUUGCGUGGCUUCUGCAGAAUUCCACCUUUCACGAUGGAGGCGAAAAUACCAAUGAACCACAGCAGCCCGCCAUUUACUCACUCCAAUGCCUUGGGUUCAUGGACCAGGUGGAAAAGGAGCGGACAGCUUUUGUUUAUAAACUGCCGUCCCUUCAGGCCGAUGGUGAAACGGAAACAGGCAUCAAGAUCUGCACGUUGCACGAUCUAAUCACGAAGGUCGACGUUAAAACGAAACGACCCCUGAAACCGUCCCUUACCGAUCGCUUCAGCAUUGCUCACUGUCUGGCCCUAACCCUCUCCAAUGUUCACGCUUCCCUGUGGCUGCACAAGAACAUCUGGAGCCGCGGAAUCCUCCUUUUCCAGCAGAAUAAAGAGGGCGUCGCCUCUGUUGAAAUACAGCGAGUUCUCGUCCCUCCCAACGGCGCCGAGCGCUCGCAAAUAGUUGCCUUCCUAGGUGAUUGGGGCUAUGCAAGACACGUCGAAGGUGCUACCGACAUGCGAAGCGAUUUCGAGAUUGAGCCGAAUAUUUACCGGCACCCAGAACGACAGGGCGCACCAACACGUCAAUUCGCACGACCCCACGAUAUUUAUGCUCUGGGCGUGGUGUUACUGGAGAUUGGCCUUUGGAAAACCGUCUCCCAGCUAUUCGACGCUCGCAUCAAGGAGGGGCAGCGGACCGGGAAACUCCCCAAACCCAAAGACGUGCGAAACGCUUUGGUUGCUCUGUCGCAGACUGAGCUUCCCCGCGAAAUGGGCAUUGCAUAUGCAAGCGCUGUAGUGAGAUGCCUGACGAGUGAUUUCCGGAAGACUAGCGACACGGAACUUUCCUUGGAUUUUAGAGAAAAAGUAGUUGAUGCCAUUGCGUUAGGCAUGAAAUUGUAG